AUGGAUGACAAUAUAACUAUUCGAAAAUAUCGUAGAACUAGCUCACUAAAUGACAUAUCUGCAGACAAUUGUACGUUAUUUGACACAACUAUGUUAAGCUUGCGAGACUCCUCAAUUAAUGCAAGUCAAACUGUCCUAGAACUACACGAAAAACUAGAGGAGAUGUCAAAUAACAUUGAAAGUGCUCAUGCUGAGAUAGAUAACCUGAAUGCCGAGAACACGCAACUGAAAUCUGACUUACAGAAAUGUAGAAAUAUAAUAGACACAUAUAAGAAAAUCAAUUCCACAGAAAUUAUAAAUAUGACACCGCUUACGGGACGUAAACGUAAGAUAAAAACCGCAAAUAAAAAUUUAACGCCUUUUAAAAUUAUAGAGCAAAUCACACAAACGUGUAAUACUAUUGAUCAAAAGGAAGGAGAUGCGAAUUGUGAACAAUUAAUAAAUAAAACGCCUAACACAAGGAAAGAAGACUACCAAACUGAGAUAAUACAUAAUGAAACUGUAUUAUCAAUGCAACAGGCCAUUUCAAAUUCAGAACAACAAUUGGCAGAAGCUAAGUUAGAAAUAGCCACACUAAACAAACAGAUUCACAUCCUGCAGCAAGUUUCUCUAGGUAAUCGAAGUGAUGUUAUUUUGUCGGCCACUUCUGCUAGUAUCAUUCCUCGUGACAACAAUGUGAAUACUGUGUAUCCAAUAGUUCAAAAAAGAAAUAAACUCUGUAUCCUUAGCAAUUGUGAUCGAAAUUGCUCCAUCAGAGCUAUCGAAGAAAUAUUCGGCAAUCAUUUCGAGUGCUGUCGUUAUUUGUUGACCAACGGUAGCAUAGAACGCCUGUUAAAUAAUAUUAGCAAUAAGUUACUUAAUUAUAAUAUCAAUGACUAUUGUAUUAUUAUGCUGGGAAAUACAGACAUAAAAACAUCGUCUAACUAUAUAGAAUUUGUAAAAGUAAUGAGGAAAUCUUUGCAGCACAUAACAAACACAAAUAUUAUAAUAUGCAGUCCCACCUACAUUUGUGGUGCGCCCAUUUACAAUUAUAAGGUUGAACUAUUCAAUAAUCUCUUAUAUCAAGACUUACAGAAAGAAAACAGCUAUGCAUAUUACUUUGACUCAAACAGUUACUUAGCUUAUGAUAUGUUCACAAGUAAAACCGGCCAGAUUAAUACAAAAGGUAUAAAAACUUUGUACAACAAUAUCAUGGAGAAUAUAAAAAUCGAUAUAAAGAUAUACGGCACAGUUAACGAUGAAAAAUCUAUGCAAACAGACACACACCACACAUCAACUUUCACAAAACAGCCAAUAGUAAAUAAUGAACGAUCUUGUACUGAAACAACUACAAAAAUUACUAAAAUACAGUUACAACCUGGUACCAUUCCUUACUACUUUAAAAAGAAGAUAAUGUUGGAUAGAAAUACAUUUUUUCGUAAAUAA